AUGCCUGCCUGCAUUCUCCACAACGCUUUUCUGCCAAGCGUAUUGGACGAGGUCUUCAGCGAACUCGACGACGCCCUCGACCAGAUCCCCUUGAGAAGGAGGGAAGAGAAAACGCUUGACGACGCCCUCGACCAGAUUGUGGGACUACCUGCUUGUUCUCCUCCAAAGAGAAGGAGGGAAAAUCAAGCCGUCAUGGGUCAGUUGGGCAAGGUUACCGAUGACGAGUCAAAGUUGACAAUCGCGUUGAAUGUUUCGAAAUUUAAACCAGAUGAACUAAAAGUGAACGUCGAUGGCCGAACCCUUACGGUAGAGGGUAAACAAGAGGUCAAAGAUGGCUCGAACUACACGGCCAGGUCGUUCCUUCGCCAAUGGACUCUUCCAGAAAAUAUUGACGUCGAGCAGAUACGAUCCAGCCUUAGCGACGAGGGUCAGCUGGCCAUCGAGUUACCAAAGCCCAAGGAAACCUCCAACGCUAGGAAUAUCCCAAUCUUAAAAGCAACAAGUCAGUCCUGA